AUGAAAAUGAUGGAAAAACAAAUCCGGAGCUCGUUCUCUUCUAACCGGGACUGUUUCGACAUGUGGCACGACUACAUGAACCUGGGCAGGCUGCUGGAGAGGCUGUGUGCAAACCAAGAGGAGGGCCCCAGAGGCACCGAGGGGCCACAGACAGACAGAGUAGCACCGUGUCGGCUGGAGGAGUGCACGAGCCCGACAGGUACUGGCUCAGUCAGCAGCCUGUCGGACACGAGCUGCGGCGGCGGGACUUCCUCCACGGAUUACUGCCGCUUCUGCAAGCAGAACGGAGAGACUGUACGCGUUUACCGCUCCCACAGACUGAAGGCGGAGGAUGGCAAAGUCAGCUGCCCCAUCCUCCGGAGCUACACGUGCCCAGUUUGUGAGGCAACCGGGGACCACGCGCACACGCGCCGCUACUGCCCGCGCGCGCAGGGGAAAGAGGCGCUGCGGAUCAGAGAGUUCCGGUUCUGGUAA